CCACUGUUCUUGCCACAAGCACCAAACAAAAUCAAUAGAAACCAGAGGGCUUCAAUAAAUAUAAAGGCAUGAAUUCUUAGGUACAAAUUUAAACUGCCGGAGUCUUAUCCCGUGAAAUGCAGCAGCAACUUCUUCCCUGAAAUCUUAUCCCUUCACCAGAUUCAAAUUUAACCCCCACAUGCCAAAAACUUCAAAUCUCCUAAGUUUCAGCUCAAAGAGUUUCUCUGAUCAGACAUCCAUGGCUACUAGUACCAAAUUGUUUGCUGCAGCUAUACCCAUUGUCAUCUUCUUCGCCAACUUGCAAACUGUAACCAAUGAACCUGCAAUUUCAGCUUCUCCAGCCGUUUUGCCAUAUGUCAAUGCACCCAACAUGUCUUCCUUUUUCCCUUCUCAAGCUCCUCCGCAGUGGCCUACAAGUUCACCAGUUCCAACAGGUUCAGAAGCAUUUGCACCCAUACCAAGCUCAGGGGAGUUUGUGGGGAAGAGCUCCUGCAGUUCAGCUAAGUCUGAUGGUGCCAUUGUUAUUCUUCUGCAACUCUUCAUCCUGUUUGUAAUGAGAUCAGUCUCUACUGUUUAAGCACAUUUAUAGCAUAACAUAAGUAAUAAUCUCUUCUGCUUUUUGUGUUAGAGAUGCUUGUGAUUAAUUAAUUUGCAGUUUUCCAU